AGCCAGCAGGAGUUUCCGAGUUGAAUUAUCUCCCAAAUCGGUAUCUUCCCAAACAAAAUUCCAAAAAAACACAUUCCUGAGGGACUCAAGAAUGCCGACGAUGCUAAACCAAAGGACGAGGUUGUGCAGCUUCUAGUUGUAGAUGAUGCCGCCUCAACCGCAAGUCCAUCAUCCAUGACGAACAAGAUGACCAAUAAACAACAACUUCUUCAAGAUGCCAACUACCACCAACACCAUCAACAACAACAACAGCUACCCGAAUUUCUUCGACGAAGUUGCGCUUCAUGUUCCCUUGGAGUACAUCUUCGCCUUCUUGGAGGUGAAGGACAUUCCCAAUGUGUCGCUGACGAACCGAGCUUUCGCACAUGCCUGUUUCUGUUCGGAUUUUUGGAGGAAUUACUUCCAUCCUCGCGUGAAAAAAGCUGCUCAAAAAACGCUGAAGGCGUUGAAUGAUCUUCACUAUCCUAAGGAGGCAGAACGUAAUGGUAACGGCGGAGAAGCAGGAGAUCAAGAUGGAGGUGGUGAAGAAAGAGACUCAGCUGAUCCUCAUGGUGUGUUCGAGACGAGGGUACUUCAGUUAAGCCUAGAAGAAAUCCAUCAUCUUCACAGGCAUGAUCUUGAGCCCGUUUUCAAGGGGAAAAAGGUCCUCCUCGGAUGUGUGGUCUCAAAUAUGGAAAUCAACUUCUCUUAGUUCUAAUUCAGGAUCCUUCCGUUCUUGGAGCCGAUGAACAAAGACCACCUCCGUACAAACCACCCACAAUUUUGAUGUUUUCGCAGUUUGCAGAAGCAGCGGUUGCUCUGAGGGGUCAGUUGGAUUCGUUUACUCCUUUGCUGCGGGAAGUGACCCUAAGUGCGGUGGGUCCGUUGCCACGUCUGACGAAGAAGCUAAGGGCAAGAGUCCUUUUGAAGAACAAGUUUCCUCCGCAAGCUGGCACUUGUGGCGAGAAAAGAACUACUAAUUCUACUAGCUCUGCUGCAUGUGGUAGUUGUACAACGAGGACCACGAGUAGCUGUAGUUCUCGAGUGGUAGUACUGUCGCAAGAACAUCAAAUAGCAAGCACAACUUCUGCAAGUAGUACAGCUAGUUCUGAAACUGUUGAGGCACUUCUAGUGCAAGAAAACAGGUCUGGAAAGGCACAAAGCUCUUGCUCUUCUUGUAGUUCAGUUGACGGCAUAUGUCGUGAGGCGGCAAACGCAAAAGUAAAACAUGUAAUCCAACAUGAUCAUCUUGUUCAUCAACGACCUACAACAGGGCAUGAUCGUAGUCAAGGUCCUCCAGAAGAUCACGAAGAAGAAGAUGAAAGAGCAGCGGCAGGCCGUGACCUGAUCAAACUGGAAGGGGAAUUGGUGCGAAGAUUGGCUCAAAAAGUCAUCCUCCAAAUGCUACUCGAUGAGCAUUCUAUGGAACCAGACCAGCACUCUAUGAAUGUGUAUGCUGAAACUCUGAUUGAGAGGUGAAGUCGACGACCGGGAAUGUGUUGUAAACAUUUGAUAAAACGUACAUUUUUUAGGACGAUUCUUUGGGCACGACCCUAUAAUUUUUUUUUACAGAUAGAUUGAUAUUGUUCCUGAAUUAGACUUCUGUUCUCAAUCAGUGGGUUGUUCUUUCAUAGUCAUCAAGGUAGAGGUGGGAUAGUAAAAAAUGCAGCAGAGGAAGGUCAGGCCGCAAAUAAAGAUGAUACACGACGCGGAACAAACAAACAAGAAGAGUCCCCCUACGACGAGGCCGCAACUUCUAGUGCAUCUUCUUCUUCAUGUUCAGAGUUAUCAGAUUCGGACACUCUUCUUCGCGAAAAGUGUCAGCGAAUCAACACAGCAUUACUGCUCCGAGAUAAGAGCGCGGCACUGCCUGAAGAAAAGGCUCGUGCCAUAGUCGAGCGCGUGCGCCAAAGGGUGGCAGCUUUAGCAGCUGGCAACGGGAGUCAACAUGAUGUCGUGUCGUCCUCUUCAAGUAGUAGUGCGCCAGCGUCUUCUCAUGAUGGAGAUGAGUAUGAGCCUCGUCUCUCGCAGAAGGAGGACGCGAUGUCGAAUAGGGAGGUUCUCAUGCUUGCUUUUGAGUCUCUGAAUAGUCCGCCAAGAAAUGAUGAUGACCGCGUCGAUUGUCCGUCUUCUUCCAGAGCUGAAGAAACGAAUAGUAAAAGACCAGAUAGUAGUACAACAUCAGACGAAGAACAUGUUCUUCGUGUUCUUCCUGUACAUCAACUAGUUGUAUCUUCAAACGAGGAUCAACAUCUUCUGAACCAGCUCUCCUUUAUUUCUUCUUCAUCAUCAUCCUCGUCUGGCCCUACUGCCCGUGAGCAAACACACACAACACCUGAAGAGGAAGGUCCACCAACAACUUCUGAAGAGAAACCAGCUGCACUUCCUCUAGGACAGCAUGAGCUCCAAGACCAUGAUCAAGAGCAAAUCCUUGAAGAACUUGGACAUGAGGUCCGUUUUGCUCUGGCGCGCAUCGAUUACCUCCUGUCGGUAACAGGUUCUAUGAUAGCAGCUUUUCGCCGAACAGCAGAGACACAAUUACCACUAUGGACAGCAGGGGCACAGGAAUUGGGCGGCGUAAGUAAAUAUCCGAUGGUUAUGGGCAUGGAUUUAUAGUUAUUUAUCAUUGGCAUGUGGACUUGCUUAGCCGGUAUUUCAACAGCAGGUGAAGGUGUAAGUUCCGCUCCCGUAUAAUAUUUACACCAAUAAUAUAAAUAUUUGAAAGUCGUCCUUCCACCUCUUGUUCUUGAGCGUCCUCGUCUAAUCUCUAGGGUGUCCGGGUCGUAUCUGGAGAGCUUUUGCCGCCGUUGCGCUUAUUUGAGUCGAGCCACCAAAUGGCAUUACGUGCUGACCAUGCUCUAGCCCACUUAGCCAAAAUCGUGGAAAUAGGAGGAAAACAGAACACCAAAUGAAUGCAGCAUUCUAUUUGUGCUAGGUUUGAAGUGCUUCUAGUACGGCUUCUACGUUGAUGACCCCCAGCCCCACUGAAUAUCAUUUCAUGGACGCGUUGAGAAUAAUGAAAAACAAUUUUUUUGAAUUCUUUGAAUCUCGUCGUGACUGUAGGACAUCAUAACGACCUUCGAGGUAAAAAUGAUGAUCAACAUUGACG